AUAUAUAUAUAUUCAUUAAAUUAAUUUAGGUGUGUAAUGGAGCUACCUAUGUCAAUGUUGAUAUGGUUAUGAAAGCCAAUACUAAGAUGUUGGUUGUUCAAGAUAACGGUGGCGGCAUGACUCCGGAUAAGAUGCGGCAGUGCAUGUCGCUCGGGUAUUCUGCAAAAAGCAAGAUGGCAAACACUAUUGGUCAAUAUGGAAAUGGUUUCAAGACUAGUAGCAUGAGGCUCGGAGCAGACGUGAUUGUUUUCUCGCGCUGUCGGGGCAAGUACGGGCUAAGCACAACACAAAGCAUCGGAUUGCUGUCGUUUACGUUCUUGCAGAAUACCGGGAAGGAAGAUAUAAUAGUUCCGAUUGUCGAUUAUGAGAAAACGGGAGAAACAUGGAACAAGCGUUUGAAAUCAUCCGACGAAUGCUGGCAAAGAAAUCUUGAAACCGUCGUGCAAUGGUCUCCGUAUGAUAGCGAAGAAGAACUCGUAGGACAGUUUAAUUUCUUGGAAGAUCAAGGAACACGUAUCGUAAUCUAUAAUCUCUGGGAGGACGACGAAGGAUUACUAGAACUCGAUUUCGAGGCCGAUCAAAAUGACAUUCAAACUAGAGCUGGCAACAGAGAUGACAAGAAGUUAAUGACAAUAGCAAAUGACCACCCAAGCUCUAGGCGGUUUCUUACUUAUCGACACUCGUUGCGGAGCUAUGCGUCGAUUUUGUACCGUAGGAUUCCACCUGGUUUCUCGAUCAUCUUACGAGGAAAGGAAGUCGAAUAUCACGACAUAGUUGAUGAUUUGAUUCACCCUCAAAAGCAUGUUUACAAGCCGGUAGCUUGUGCAUCAUCCAAAGAUCCCAAUAUGUCUGCAGCUGUAACACUUGGAUUUAUUAAAGAUGCAGGACAUCAUAUUGAUGUUCAAGGGUUCAAUGUAUAUCAUAAGAACAGACUUAUUAGGCCGUUUUGGAGGCUGUGGAACGCCUCGGGAAGUGACGGUCGAGGAGUCAUAGGUGUUUUGGAAGCGAAUUUUGUCGAGCCGGCACACGAUAAACAGGGAUUUGAGCGCACAACUGCGCUUUCUAGACUCGAGGCUAGACUGAUACAUUUGCAGAAGACUUAUUGGUCUACAAAUUGCCACCUGAUUGGUUACGCUCAAAGGCGUCACUCAAAGAAGCCCGUUUCCCCCGAGAAAGAAGAAGCAUCACCGCCUAAUGCUGACGAUAAGUCGAACUCCACACAUAAUACAACGUCGGCCCCGAAAUGGAACGGCAAAAAGGGCCAAAAAUCAUCGCCUGUUGUUAGAGAGAGAAAUCGGUUUGAGGCACAGCCAGCUGUAAAUCAUAACACCUCGUCUUCUUCUUCUCCAUUACGAGUGGCGCCUGAAUCAAUGUUUCCACCACAAGAUGCUCAGCCUUCGAACAUGCUUGUCAAGAUAGAAGAUGUCAACAAAGCUGGACCUACACCACCGUUUUCUUCACUUACUGAAAUGGUUCUUAAGUUGAUGGACGAGAAUCGAAACUUGAGAAAUAGUUUGACGAAUGCAUUGCAUGAUUUGCAAAAUGAAGAGGACAAGAACACGGCGCUGAAAAACCAGCUUCAAGAUGCAACGGAUAUUAUGCAACAAAUGGAUCAAGAACAAGAAAAGUUUGUGACUUCUUUUGAAGAAGAAAGAAAUCGACGAGAACAAGCGCAACAACAUAUGCAAAGAAGAUUAAAGGAGGCUACUGAAACUAUUGAAGGAUUACUGAGAAAAGUGAAGAUGUUGGAGGCCGGUUUGCAUUGACACAGGGCCGGUUUUGACGACAGGCUCCACAUGCGAUUACUUAAAGACCCUAAUUUAAGAACGUCUCGAAUUUUAUUGCUAUUAAUUUAUAGUUAGAUAUAUUUAAUCAUCAUAUUCACCCUUGCGAUGCACGGAGGUGUGCGUAUAUUUCUAA